AUGGCACCACUUUCAAAAAAAGAAGUAUUGAAACUAACACCAACUCCAACAACGGAUAAAACUUUAUCUGAUAAACCACAAAUUGUAGAAAAUGAAAAUGAAAUAAUCAUAAAUAAAAAUUUAUUCGAUGGACCAAGAAGAAAAUUAAUAUAUACUCUAUCUGUUAAUACAGAUCCUGAUAAUCAUACAAUCACAAUCAUACCUGAAGAAACAUCUAAAAUAACAAAAAAUGAAAUUAACGAUAUCGAUAUCAAAAAUCAAACUAAAAUCAAAAAAAAUAAAAAUCAUCUUAGAGGAAUAACCGCUAUUAUCCUCUCUGCGAUCAUGAUGGGU